AUGGAGAAGAUGACGGAUCUGCUGGCCUGGGGCAACGAUGUCGAGAUUGUAGAGCUUGAUAAAUCAGGCCACCCGCAGCAGCAAUGGCUCCAUGCCCACGACGGCCACAUCUUGCCUAAAACAUCCAACAGCCUGUUCUCCCGCUCUUUUCGAGAAUGGCGCAAGGCAAUCAUGGACUCGUUCCUGCCUGUCGGAUUCCCGCACUCCGUCUCAAAAGACUACCUCGCAUAUCAAACGUUUGAUUCUCUCCAGGCCUUCUUUUCCACCAUCAGCUCGCUCCUUGCCAACCGUGCUCUGCUUCAGGGUCUGGGAGUUGGCGAUGCCUCGUCUUCCGCUACGUUUGCCCUUCUUCUCACAAUCAUGAAGGAUGCCAUGUCUCGCAUUGCCACCAUCGUCUUUGCCCACCGCUUCGGACUUCGCAUCGAGCCAGAUGCCAAGCGAUACCGUUUCCUGGCCGAUGUUUUCAACGACAGCGCCUUCUUCUUGGAGCUGUACAGUCCGUAUCUGGGCUCGUGGGGCAAAGUCAUUGCGCUCAGUACAGGUCAAGCGCUCAGGGCUUUAUGCGGUGUUGCCGCUGGUGCCAGCAAGGCGGCGCUGAGCGUCCACUUUGCGAAACAUGAUAACCUGGCAGAGCUCAACGCAAAGGAAGCCAGCCAGGAGACAGCUGUGGGAUUGAUCGGUCUACUUGUGGGAACGCUGGUGGUCAAGAUGAUUGAGGAUCACUCCAGUGUUGUUAUUCUGAUGAUUCUCCUUGUUAUUGCCCAUCUCGGGACGAAUUAUCUUGGCGUCCGCAGUGUCUGUAUGGCAACACUGAACCGCCAACGAGCUACCAUUGUGUUUGAAGAAUUCCUCAGAAGCGGCAAAGUCUUGACUCCCGAGCAAGUGGCCGAAAGAGAAAACAUCAUCUUCUGGAAUCCCAUCAUGCGCAAUCUUCAUGGAAAGAAAGUAGUCCACGUCGAAUUUGCCGAAGGCUAUAGCCACGCCAUGAGCUGCUCCGAUCCACAUGACAAGCUCAUCAUUGUCGAUGGCAUCAACCAUACCCGGUUCAUCUGUUCUCGCGUCCCUGGUCGUGUCACUCCCAUCAAGCUACUUCUCUGGGUCGGAGCUCAGCCUAUCGAUGCCAUCCGAGCCUGGUUUGCCGCUAUGGAAGUCGCAUGGCUGAUGGGCGACAAUGGCGCAUACACGCAGAAACUGGACCAAAUGUUCUGCGACGCCGGGGUCGAGGGCAAUGGCAGGAAGUUUAGCAUCGCGGGCAGGGACAGGGAUAGUGAUUUUGUGCCAAAGUUUAACAGUCCCGGCCUCUGGGCCAAGCUGGCAGAGCAAGGCUGGGAUGUUGAGACGCAGUCUUUGGAGACGAAGGCCCCUGUGCGGCUGCAGAUUCGGCGUGCGCGCUCGAAGAAGGCCUAG